AUGGGUAUUGAGAUGGAGAGAUACCUGAAUAAUAUGGGUAGUGAGAUGGAGAGAUACCUGAAUAAUAUGGGUAGUGAGAUGGAGAGAUACCUGAAUAAUAUGGGUAGUGAGAUGGAGAGAAACCUGAAUAAUAUGGGUAGUGAGAUGGAGAGAUACCUGAAUAAUAUGGGUAGUGAGAUGGAGAGAUACCUGAAUAAUAUGGGUAGUGAGAUGGAGAGAUACCUGAAUAAUAUGGGUAGUGAGAUGGAGAGAUACCUGAAUAAUAUGGGUAGUGAGAUGGAGAGAUACCUGAAUAAUAUGGGUAGUGAGAUGGAGAGAUACCUGAAUAAUAUGGGUAGUGAGAUGGAGAGAUACCUGAAUAAUAUGGGUAGUGAGAUGGAGAGAUACCUGAAUAAUAUGGGUAGUGAGAUGGAGAGAUACCUUAAUAAUAUGGGAAGUGAGAUGGAGAGAUACCUGAAUAAUAUGGGUAGUGAGAUGGAGAGAUACCUGAAUAAUAUGGGUAGUGAGAUGGAGAGAUACCUGAAUAAUAUGGGUAGUGAGAUAAAGAGACACCUGAAUAAUAUGGGUAGUGAGAUGGAGAGAUACCUGAAUAAUAUGGGUAGUGAGAUGGAGAGAUACCUGAAUAAUAUGGGUAAUGAGAUGGAGAGAUACCUGAAUAAUAUGGGUAGUGAGAUGGAGAGAUACCUGAACAAUAUGGGUAGUGAGAUGGAGAGAUACCUGAAUAAUAUGGGUAGUGAGAUUGAGAGAUACCUGAAAAAUAUGGGUAGUGAGAUGGAGAGAUACCUGAAUAAUAUGGGUAGUGAGAUGGAGAGAUACCUGAAUAAUAUGGGUAGUGAGAUGGAGAGAUACCUGAAUAAUAUGGGUAGUGAGAUGGAGAGAUACCUGAAUAAUAUGGGAAGUGAGAUGGAGAGAUACCUGAAUAAUAUGGGUAGUGAGAUGGAGAGAUACCUGAAUAAUAUGGGUAGUGAGAUGGAGAGAUACCUGAAUAAUAUGGGUAGUGAGAUGGAGAGACACCUGAAUAAUAUGGGUAGUGAGAUGGAGAGAUACCUGAAUAAUAUGGGUAGUGAGAUGGAGAGAUACCUGAAUAAUAUGGGUAGUGAUAUGGAGAGAUACCUGAAUAAUAUGGGAAGUGAGAUGGAGAGAUACCUGAAUAAUAUGCGUAGUGAGAUGGAGAGAUACCUGAAAAAUAUGGGUAGUGAGAUGGAGAGAUACCUGAAUAAUAUGCGUAGUGAGAUGGAGAGAUACCUGAAAAAUAUGGGUAGUGAGAUGGAGAGAUACCUGAAUAAUAUGGGUAGUGAGAUGGAGAGAUACCUGAAUAAUAUGGGUAGUGAGAUGGAGAGAUACCUGAAUAAUAUGGGUAGUGAGAUGGAGAGAUACCUGAAUAAUAUGGGUAGUGAGAUGGAGAGAUACCUGAAUAAUAUGGGUAGUGAGAUGGAGAGAUACCUGAAUAAUAUGGGUAGUGAGAUGGAGAGAUACCUGAAUAAUAUGGGUAGUGAGAUGGAGAGAUACCUGAAUAAUAUGGGUAGUGAGAUGGAGAGAUACCUGAAUAAUAUGGGUAGUGAGAUGGAGAGAUACCUGAAUAAUAUGGGUAGUGAGAUGGAGAGAUACCUGAAUAAUAUGGGUAGUGAGAUGGAGAGAUACCUGAAUAAUAUGGGUAGUGAGAUGGAGAGAUACCUAAAUAAUAUGGGUAGUGAGAUGGAGGAGGCCCGGCUAAUAUUCCAGCAUGCUCUAGUGGCCCAGCGGGUGUCCUCAAAGCUGCCCAAAGUGGUGGCCGGCGAGAAGCCCAUUGCCAAGCAACUCAAUCCGUCCGUCAGUCCGUCCGCCCGCCCGCCCACCCUGCUGUCAGUCCGCCCGCCCACCCACCUGUCAGUCCAUCUGUCAGUCCGUCUGUCCUCCCACCCACCCGUCCGACCGUCUGCCUGCCGCCCGCCUGUAAGUCUGUCCAUCAGUCCGUCCGCCCACCCGCCUGCCAGUCCGUCCACCCACCCGCAUGUCAGUCCGUCCAUCAGUCUGUCCGUCCGCCUGCCUGUCAGUCCACCCGCCCGCCCGCCUGUCAGUCCGUCCGUCCACCCACCUGUCUGUUCGUCCAUCCGCCCACCCACCUGUUAG